GGAGUCUUUGACGUAGUAAUGUCAUGCUGGCUCUCAAGUCUGAGACCACUGCUUUUAUAGCUCUGGGAUACUGCAAGUCCUGAAGCCAGCAGGCUCAGCUUUCAUUGGGACUAGAAGUAUGUUCCCUGAAGCCAGAGAGGUGUGCUUCUUACUGGGAUUUUCUCUGCUGUACAUUGUCUCUCAAACAGAAGCCAGAGCCAGACCCCGUCCAGACAUGUUCUGUAUAUUUCAUGGUAAGAGGUAUAGUCUGGGAGAAAGCUGGCAUCCGUACCUAGAGCCUCAAGGCGUUGUAUAUUGCAUUCGCUGUAUGUGUACUGAGGGAGCCAACGUGAGCUGCUACAGAAUUAAGUGUCCGGUCCUGCACUGUGUUCAUACAGUAACUGACCCACAGCAGUGCUGUCCGAGAUGUGUUGAGCCUCACUCGCCCUCUGGUCUCCGAGCUCCUAUUAAGCUUUGUCAACACAAUGGGACAACGUACCAGCAAGGAGAAAUGUUCACCACUCAUGAGCUCUUCCCCUCGCGGCAAUCAAACCAGUGUGUGCAGUGUAGCUGCUCGGAUGGACAAAUUUAUUGCGGACUAGUAACGUGCCCUGAACUGGUCUGCGCUUCUCCCCUCACUGUACCAGAUUCGUGCUGCCCUGUCUGCCGAGACAGCUCAUAUGAGAGAUCUGUGGAAGAGGAACCUCAGCAACUAAACAGAGGUGUUAGGCACUCUCAGGACCAAUGUCUGGGUGAUCUUCUUGGGAAAAAGUCUCCAGGAGCAACUGCAUCUUCAGUCAUCAGUCCAUCUCUUGGAUUUAACCCCCGAAGCUUCAAACAGAAGGGAGGUGGAGGAACCACAGUCAAAAUUUUAAUGAAAGAAAAACACAAAAAAGCUUGUGUUUACAAUGGAAAGACAUAUUCUCAUGGAGAGGUCUGGCAUCCAGUAUUUCGAACCUUUGGAGCAAUCCCCUGUAUUUUGUGCACAUGUAAAGAUGGAAACCAAGACUGCCACCGAGUGACCUGUCCUGAUGAAUAUCCAUGUGAAUAUCCAGAGAAAGUAGAAGGAAAAUGCUGUAAAAUCUGCCAAGAUGAUAAAGUGAAACCCACAGAUGAAGUCAGCACCACAAGGUGUAUGAAGAACUCAAAUAAGAUCUUAGUUUAUAUGUAUAUGUCCUCCAGCGGUGGCAAGGAAAACCUCAGGAAGAUUGCCAUAGAGAAAGAGGCAUCUGAUGAGGUGGAGAUUUAUGUCUGGAAAAUGGUUAAAGGGAUUUUUCAUUUAAUCCAGAUUAAGAAGGUCACAAAACAAGAUUUCAGACAAGAAGCCGAGAACUUCAGACUUGUCACCAGAACGAGUGAAGGUCAAUGGAAUAUAUUUAGACCUCAACCACCUGAUCUGAACAUGACCGAGAGCCCGGAGAAGGAUGCAGAGAACUUGUAAGAUGUGUCACUUUGAUACAGCACUACUACAAAAGUUAAAAGCAAACAUAACCUUAAACUUGCAAGAUGACUAGACACCAGAGCAGGGACUGCAGCUUUGGACAAUCAUCUAAAAGGACCUUCUACAAACAGGUCUAAUUUUAUAGUGUACAGAAGAUGCCGCAACAUACAAAUUCUAUGAGGAAAUGAGAGAGAUCUUCCCAUGAACAAACAAUACAAUCCCUUGGUUUGUGUCUUGCCUUAACCUUUUCCAAGGGAAGGCUGAAUGCUUUCAUUUUAGCACCUUCUCCACAGGUGGACUUGGUCAGAUAUUGGAGAUGCUAUAUUUAUGUAGCAGAGUUGGCAUGCCUUAAUACUUUUGAUGCCACAGGAAUAGUGAUAUGCUUCAGUUCAAUGCUUGUGGAAUCAAACAGUAGAUUUAUCUUCUGUUUGCUUUGUCCAUUUGCAAGCAACUUUACACUCAUGUGAAAUGCACACGUAAUACACAGCAAAUACUUGCACACUGUGCUUUGCUCAUGUACUAUUUAAGAACAGUGUAGCUUUGUCUCAUCUCCAGUAAUGUAUUCCUUUCAACAAGUAAUUCCUCUAUCAUUCAGUUUUACUCUGGAUAUCACAGCACGUGAGACACCAUACAGCUUUAGUUUGCGCAAGUCUAUAACGGUAGCCUCUAAUGUAAUAAACACGUUUAGCCAAAAAACAGAUACAUUUGACACUCUAUACACAAUCCGCAUGGAUUGUACUGGUCAUUGUUAUGCUGUUAUUGUAGUACUAAGAGCUUAAAGGUUUUCAGCACAGCUUAGCAUUUUAAUGUGCACUGUAUUCAUGGUUUAGGACACAGGUGUCAUUUAUUCAUGACAUAAAGAGUCAGUUUAUUAAUUAAGAAAAAAAAGUCCAUUACAGCUAUAAACAUGCAUUAGACAAUACUGUACAAUACUGAGUCAUACAUACUAUUUAUUUUGAGACUUCCCCACCGUUCCGCAUAUUGUGUCAUUACCAUGAUUUUGAGAUAAAUCCUUGUUUCAAAAGUGAAGACAGGGAUUGCCCAGACCCUGCCUGCACCCAUGGCCUAUGGAACUCACCAACUAGACACCCACAACGCUAACUCUUAGUUCCUCCUUCCAAUACAGAAAAAUAAACUUUGACAUUUUUACUCAUUUACAUACACUAAUACAGAAAUAACCGCCUGCAAGAUGUCAGCGAACCAUACUCUAAAAGGUUCUCUUUCCAUGUAGCAUAAUUCUCAACUUACUUCCUUCAGUUCCAGGCUCAUAUUAGCCUUUUCACUUUAUUGAAAAAUUGUUUGACAUAGAUAAUUAUAAACAAAACACUGUAGCACUGGUAAUAACGAGUUGUUCAACUAUGUUGAUGAACUGCUAUCAAUAUCAGGUCACAAUCAAACUGCUCUCAGUUUGAAUGUCUCAGACCAGUUGGCAAAUCCAAAGUAAUUGCUAUUUAUUUAAAUAUAUAGACUUAUGACCGAGACAGUUUCCUAUCACUGUUGUAUGAGCAGCCCCCACAUAACAGUUCCUAAAUACAACUGAUUUUAUUGCAUCCAAAAAAAAACUUAAAAAAAAAACUAAAUGAUCCUCUGCUGUGAGUUAUCUGUUGUCAACGUUUAACCACAAACAACUCAAUACCAUAUAAUAGCCGGUUCCUGUUCCCAAAACCGUACUUAACCCUGAUGUGGUGCUAGUUGUGAUCAGGGUUAAGUACGAUUCUGGGAACAGGAACCGGCUAUUAUAUGGUAAUUGUAAUACUUGAAUGAAUCUUCUCUACUCCAAUAAACCCAAAGCCAUGAUUUCCUACCAUUGCAAUCCCUAUAACACGCAAUGCAGCCUACCCACUCCUUGAUUUAAUCCCCUUACAUGAUCCGUGACACCUAAUCCCCCAUGUUAACACUAUUCAGAUUUUUUAAAUCAUUAGGAAAAAAUAUCCUGUUUCUUAUACUUUGUUACCUCAUAUUAAAGGAAUAUGAAAACCCAAAAAUGAUUUUGUGCUUCAGACAGAGAAUACCAUUUUAAUAAAGUUUCCCAUUUACUUCUAUGAUAAAAUUUGCUUUAUUCCCUUGAAAUUAUGCUUUGAAGAGAUACCUAGGUAGGCAUCUGGAGCACUACAUACAGUAGCUAGAAAUAGUGCUGCCAUUUAGUGCUCUUGCAAACGGAUAACGUUCUUCCAAAACUGCUGCCAUUUAGUGCUCCAGAAAUGGGCCAGCUGUUAAGCAUACAUAUUUGCUUUUCAACAAAAGAUACCAAGAGAAUGAAGAAAAUGUGAUAAUAAAAGUAAAAGAGAAAGUUGUUUAAAAUUGCCUGCUCUAUCUGAAUCAUGAAAGAAAAUGUUUUAGCUCCAUGUCCCUUUAAAUUAGAAUCCUGGCUUGUUAUUUAUUUUAACUAAGGGUUAGUUUUCAAACUUAAACCUAACUUUUCUGAUUUCUCCAUUCUAAACUAAAAUAAUAAAACAUGACAAUUUUUAUUUACCCAAAACAACGUACAUUAUCCCAACUUUAUUAAGUAAAAUUAAUCAAAAAUCUAAAAAUGGUAGCUGAGGUCUUAACAUAAAACAUUUAAGAAAUGAGUAUAACUGAGAUAGCCCAAUCUAACCCACUGUGAGACACUUUACUGAUGGUUCCUAACUAUGGACAACUGUCAGGAAUUUUAAAACACCAAUACCAAUGGAACAGAUAUCCAUUUUACAUCAACAACAGUGUUAUUAUCCAUUAAACAUAACUGCCCCCCAACAUUUUUUAUUCUUAACCAAUGCUGCCAUGGAGCCUUACCUUACUAUAACCCUAUGGGUGUAGACCCAAACUUAGUUGUGAAGGUUUCCUGAGAUUAAUUUUAUUGUAAAGUCGUCUAUACGAUCAUUCAUACUAUAAUUUUACAAAGGGAAAGGGUGCUGUACACUAAGAAAUAAAUGAACAGAGAAAAUCAAGUGAAAACACUUGAAAAGUGUGUACUUUUUUAGCACUCACAACACUAUUGGAUGUAUCUUUAUUAUAUUGGUGAACAAGAAUAAUCAAUCCCCAAAAGAAAGGGGUUACAACUUAACUUUUAAUUAAUACAAAUAAAAUUUAGAAAAAUUAAAAACACAAAGGGGUCAAAAUGGUGCAAUAUUUCUAAAUAUAGUAGCUGUCUAGGUUCUGAGUUAACCAUAUAUACUAGUAGGUAGUGGCCAAAGUAUUACUUUUAUUAAGUAGUAUACUGCCCCCCCAGUGAACCAUAUAUCACAACUGGUAUAAGACAAUAAGGUAUCAGUGGUAUAGUAUCAGACCCAACUAUCAGGUUGGAAAAAAGGGGUAAUUGUUCAGGUGGAAAUAAGUCAACAGGAAUUAGCACUUCUCUAAUAAAUUCCAGAGAUAAAUGGUUGUUAAAUGCAGGAAAAUUAUACCCUCCCAUGAGUUGUCUCUCUAAUACUUGUAAUCAAUUGGGUGGGCUAAGUUUUAUGUGUUUUACGUGUAAAGAAUAUUUUUUUCAGUUUGAUAUUACUAUUCUGGGCAGGGAAGUCAAUGGUUAAUGGCCUUACAUAAAACUGAACAUUUCUUCCUUAAAAUAACAUUAUGAUUAAAGCAAUAGCCUAACAAUCUAAAAUCCUUAAAAUGUUUCACCUUGUUAAUCUCAAAAUGGCAAGUCAUAUAAGCUUUUACUAAAAACAAAGAUGAUAAACAAUUAUUAAUGCAAACAAAGAUAGCUGUAUUCUUAAAAAUGUAUUCUUAAAAUGAAAUGACUCACUCCUGCAUAUUUUACAAGAUAAGAUGUUUUACAUUAGGCUUUAAAAAUAUAUGGGGCUAAAGCCCAUGACAGAAAUCAAUGACCCCUAAUUAGAUUCCACACUGUAUGGUUCUUCAGUUAACCAGCUACACAUUCUUGAGUAAUCUGUUUAUAAUAAUUCAUUACACAGAAAACAUUUCACAAGUAUAAAUAGCUACUACAGGAGUGCGGAUGCCGACACAUGCUUCUUAUCUACACAAUGUAUUUAGUACGGAUGAUGACCAUGUAUCGUCAUCCGGGGUGGGGCAAAUGGCUUUAAUAAUGGCAACUCUCACCCCCCCCUGCACUUAUCCCUGUAUUCCUGGUGUACAAAUCGCCUGGCAAAGCCUGGGGAAUCCAGGAUCGCCACAACACACGUCCAUUUAUUUGAAUAGAGGAUCAUUGGAACCUCUAUUUGCAAAUCACAGUUGUAUAACUAUACUGAAAGACCUUUAUUUGUAUGAGGAUAAACCUUUCUCUUUUUUCACUAUUAUUUAUAACAUUUAUUAAAAUUGUUAUUUACAAAAAUGCAUUUUUCAAAACUUAAUGUUACAAGUUUCUCACGUCAUGAUAUAUACAUUGAAAAAUGGUAUAGUUUGAAUGGGUCUCCUGGGGAAAAAAAAAGAUAUUGUGGGUUUCUCACUGAAAAAUGGCCUACAGUAGGUCUUAUUUGACCAGCAUAUAAAAACUGCAAAAUAUUAUGGAUGCUAUACUAAAACAGCCAAGAUGUCACAAUAUUGCCAUCAACAUGAUAUCUCUGCAGCACUGUCACCUGUGUGCCAAUGUCUCAGGUAACAUGGCAUUGAGGGUACAAAUUCCCAUUACCAAUUGGAUGCCAAAUAAUAUUUGUAGCCAUAUGCCAUGCAAGGGGUUAACAUUUGCCUUAAACCUAGUCCCUAAUUCUUAACCCUUUCUGUACUUUCCACACUAUUUUCACUCAUCAGCAUGGUAGACAAGACAUUCCUACAGUAGGAUAUUAUGUGCAGCGAGAUUAGAUUUUUCAAAAAUAAUAUUUUCCUAAACGAUAUGGUAAAAAUGUGACCAGGUAAUAGACUGUGAUGGUAAUUUCACAUAUGGUAUCUAUAGCCAUAAAGUUUUGAAAUCUAAACUUUUUUAAGCAGUCAGAAAACCGUAUCUUUUAAGUUUCCUUGAGUUUAAACAGAAUAUUUUUGCUGUUAUGCCAUUAUAUAUCAGUUGGUUCUGAAAACCUGAAGACUAUCUAAUUAGGUACCUAGAGUAAUAUUUAGCGAAUUCCGUUGUUUAUGUAUAUUAAAUAGUAUUAACUGUAUACUACUUAUGGAAAAGGCGCAACCUCUAAUGGAGAGGAAGUAACCCUUGCAGGCAAGUUAUGGAGAUGUACGAUGGAGAUGCAGGUCAGCUGGUGAAUUGUCUAAUGUUUAUCACUCAAACUGUACGUAGCCCUUUUUUUUUUAAAAAAAUCUAUUUAUUUUUAAAUCUUUUACUGUCCGUUAAAUCUAAUUAAAGUAUUUUCUAAAGUCAUUUUUCUUGUUUGUGAAUCAUGUGUUGGUUUAUAAAAAAUAUAAUAAAGCUAUCUAUUAAUCUG